CCGAUAAUGGGCGGGGUCGGCCUCCCCCGUUUCCUAGAGACAGGACACGCCUCCCUACGCUCUCUCCUCUUCCCUCCGACGCUCGGCGUUCUCCCCGCCUCUGAUUGGCGGAGGCGCUUGGACAGCGGUGACUCUGGCCCCGCCCUCCGCUCUCCGCCGAACAUCCGGGUCCUGCGGCGGCUCGGCCGCUGGGCAGCCAUGGCGGAGAAGAAUCCUGAAGAUCCUGCGCAGGACAGGGAUCCGUCCAAACUGGAAGCGUCUCACUGCACGUCCACCGCGGCCAAGAACCUCGCCAUCCUGAAAGAGCGCUCCUUCGACAUUACCUUCGACGUGGGAGACGAAUACGAGAUCAUCGAGACCAUCGGCACUGGAGCUUACGGCGUGGUGUCGUCCGCUCGCAGGAAGGGCUCUGGUCAGAAGGUCGCCAUUAAGAAGAUCCCCAACGCCUUCGAUGUGGUGACGCACGCCAAGCGGACGUUACGAGAACUGAAGAUUCUGAAGCACUUCAAACACGACAACGUCAUCGCCAUCAAAGACAUCCUGAAGCCCUCGGUGCCGUACUCCGAGUUCAAAUCUGUAUACGUGGUGCUGGAUCUCAUGGAGAGUGAUCUUCACCAGAUCAUCCACUCCUCGCAGCCGCUGACGUUGGAACACGCCCGGUACUUCCUGUACCAGCUGCUGAGGGGUCUAAAAUACAUCCACUCGGCAAACGUUCUCCACCGCGACCUGAAGCCAAGUAACCUUCUGAUCAAUGAGAACUGUGAGCUGAAGGUUGGCGACUUCGGCAUGGCCCGAGGACUUUGCACCAAGCCCGACGAGUACAAAUACUUCAUGACGGAGUACGUGGCCACCCGCUGGUACCGCGCCCCGGAGCUCAUGCUGUCGCUCCACGAGUACACUCAGGCCAUCGACAUGUGGUCCGUGGGCUGCAUCUUUGCCGAAAUGCUGGGCCGCAAACAGAUCUUCCCCGGCAAGAACUAUAUCCACCAGCUUCAGCUCAUCAUGACGGUGCUUGGAACGCCCUCCAGCCAGGUGAUCCGCGCCAUCGGGGCGGAGAGGGUCCGAGCCUACAUCCAGAGCUUGCCCUCUCGCCAGCCGGUACCCUGGACGAGCCUGUACCCUCAAGGAGACAGGAAGUCCUUGGAUCUGCUCUCCAAAAUGUUGAGGUUUGACCCGCGUGAGCGCAUAUCCGUGUGCGAAGCCCUGCGGCACCCUUUCCUAUCCAAGUACCACGACCCGGACGACGAGCCGGAAUGUGUGCCAGCGUUCGACUUUGACUUUGACAAGCAGAUCCUGACCAAAGAGAAGAUCAAAGAGGCCAUCGUGGCGGAGAUAGACGGCUUCCACCAGAGGAGAGAGGGCAUCCGACGGCAGAUCAGCUUCAAACCCGUCCUGAAACCAGCAGAUGAGGGCCCGGUGAGCGACCACGUCAUUCGCUCAGAUGACUUCCAGUCACCGCCGCUCCCGCCGCCCCCUCAAGGGUUUGAUGUGGAUAUGCCAAGUGCCAACUCUGCCAGGGAAAGAGGUGAUUUCCCCAUGGAGUCGCCACGAGCGCCCGUCAAGCCGGAGACCAUCGACCUGACCUCUCCCUCGGAGAUUGAAGAUAUUGUGCCAACGAGAGAAAGUACGGAGGUGAAAGAGGAGGCGCCAGUGAUUAAGACUGAUCCCGAGCCAGUGCCAAAGAGAGAGGGCGCCAUUUCUGACGACACCAAGGCGGCGCUGAAAGCUGCUCUGCUGAAGUCGGCCCUGCGCAACAAAUCCAAAGACGCCCCCAGUUCCAUUCCUGAGACCCCGGAAUUAAAGAAGCCAAUCACGGCACAGGAGCGACAGCGUGAAAGGGAGGAGAAGAGGAGGCGGCGUCAGGAGCGCGCCCGGGAGAAGGAAAAGAAGCAGAAAGAGAAGGAGCGGCGUGAGAAAGCGGACGGAUUCGGCGGGUUGAUUUUGAGCGAAAAUGACAAGAACCUUUUGGAGCGGUGGACGCGGAUGAUCGACCACACGCAGCAACAGCCGCUUCCCCAGCAGGCCCCGCCUCCCACCAACCCAACGCCAACCGUGCCAAAACCAGCUCCCUGUCCAGACAUGGGCACCAUGACUCCGCCCCUUCCCCAACAGACAGUGUUUGGCAUGGCCAAUCUCAAUCCAGUUCCUGAGGUCCGAUGCCAGCAGAACGGAACCAUCUCGGCUCCCGUUGUCGCACCAAAUAUCCAGUUUAUUCCAAGGUGCCUGAACCCCUGCCCUGUGCCCAACCUGCUCCAUUAUGUGCCACCCACCCCAGCACCCUUCCAGAUUGCCCCUGUGGUGCUGGCUCCCCAAGUGAAGCCGGUGGCUCCUCCAAUCGCCAGCCAGCUUCCCCCAGAUGUCAAAUUUCUUUCCAGCGGGCACGUUCUGCCCGGGGCUUUCUCUGCUCAGGCCAGAAUCAACCCAACAUGGAGCAGAGGAGGGCACCAGGAAAGCUGGCCAGCGGCCGACGCGGGAGACGGGAAGCGGAAUUCCGUCACUGUGGAUCCAGCGCUCUUCCUACGCAACCCCACUGACAUCGCGCAACCGACGCAAGUCCCCGGAAUAACGUUCCCCGGUGGGGUGGAUUGUCGCCUUCAAGAGGAGCCCAAACCCCAAGAUCUGAUACCUCUCCGACCCACCACCUUCAACGCAGCCGACCCCUCCACCUCCACCUCUCCAGAUAUCAACCUGGUGACCCAACAGUUCUCAAAGUCUCAGGUGGAGGAUGUCCUGCCCCCCGUCUUCUCUGUCACACCAAAAGGAAGUGGCGCUGGGUACGGAUUGGGCUUCGAUCUUGAGGAGUUUCUGAACCAGUCCUUCGAUAUGGCAUCGGAGAGCCGCGAGAGCCUGGUAGACUCCGCCCCUCUUUCAGCAUCACUCUUAGCCGAUUGGCUGGAGGUUCAUCGCAUGAAUCCCGCAGACCUGACCGCCCUCCAGGAAGACCUGCAGCUGGGAUCUCCCAUGAUCCUCUCCGACAUUCCCGACCUCCAAGACAGCUGAGGACACGCAGGACGGAGGUCUCCGUGGGGGGGACAGAACCUUAUCCUGUGUGUCUCUGAAAUGAGAACUGUCUGAUCUGCUCCUGGCUGCCAGUCAGAUCGAUGAGCACUGACCAUAGGGGGACUCGGUGGCGUAGCGUGGGUUGUCAGCGCCCGGGGCAAGGCUCCAUUCCCCCAAUCACAGGGCGCCUGUGACAGAACAUGGCGGCCGAAGCAUGGAGACACAGGAAGGAGCCGGGGGACACACACUGGUGCGGGAUUUCUCCCCCAAAAUGUUGCGCUUGGGGCCAUGGCCCCCCUCGCACCCCCCACGCUAUGCCACUGGGGGGACUUAAAGGGCAACUUGCACUUAUUAAAAUAAGGGAUGGCUAAAGACGAGAAGGAACCGGUCAUCAACGCCCAACUGAAAUCCCUCACCUUUCUUUUCUCUUCAUAGUCCUGGAGGGCCUCCUGUGAGCUUGUUGGGCCCCUCGGCACCACCCCGGUGGCACCACCCUGAGCCCUUCCCUCCUGUAGGGUAACCUAGGUACUUCCACAUCCCACCCGUAUUAAAAAGCUGCUCCUCCCCCACUACAAGCCUGAUUUCAGCUGGUAUUUCUCUGGGCAACACCCCGGCAGUUCUUCUCCCAGACACUCUCUUGGUAGGUGAGGGCCCCGUAGUCUCCAGGAGCCAGAUCUAGAUCGUUAUUGGAGGUCUAGGCUUGUGUACAGACUGCAUGGAAAGACAAUAGAGGAUGAAAUAGGAUGAGGAUCAGGAGCCCACCCGUCGUCUCGCACACUCCGGUUAGGUAUCACUUGGGUCGGCUCUUCUGCCAUAGGAGACCCGGGACCUGUGUGGGCGGGUCAGCCGCGUGAGCACCUGUCAUUUACACAUGUUGGAGCUUCACUGGGGGCCCUAUAGAGGAAGAGACCUACACAGGUGACCACGUCUGAGUGACAGGUCCCCUUCGAUAUCUUAUGACCAAGGUGCGCUGAGCCACCUGAACCAAUGAACACGGAACAAAGGCCUUCGAAACUUCUCAACGUGCCGAAAAAUCUGAAUGUGAGGAAUUUUCCACCUACCUGAAAAGCCCCCCACACUCUGUCCUGAAUAAUCCCCAUAAUUAGGUGGAUUCAGAGAGACUUAGGCCGGCGUAUCAGUAGAUUUAGCCCUGCCCCCCCCCCUGCUGUCUCCUUACAGGCUGUGAUUGACAACAGCAGGAGCCAAUGGCUGCCUCCAUGUCCAGUAAGGAGGGAGAAAGCCGCGGCUCUCAGGCACAGCACUGGAUUGAGAUCGGGCUCAGGUAAGUAUUUGGGGAGCUGAACACACAUUUUUUUUUUUU